GCCACUCCAUAGCCGGCAGGUGGGGGGCGGAGCCUGGAUCGUCACCACCGGCCUCCGCCAUGGCUGCCAUAUUGAAUGGGAAGUGAGCCUCAUCCCUCCGCCCACUGAGCUUGGCGGCGCACAGACGGGGGCUGGAGACUGGUGGCGGAUCCGGCUCACUGACUCUGCAACACACAUCACCCGGCCGCCGCCAGCCUCUCACACAUACCACCUCCCGGGCCUGAGGCGGGGGAGAGAGCCGACAAGAUGGCCGACCCGGCGGAGUGCAGCAUCAAAGUGAUGUGCCGCAUCAGGCCUCUCAACGACUCCGAGGUGGUGCGGGGCGACAAGUACGUGGCUAAGUUCCAAGGGGAGGACACGGUGAUCAUCACGUCCAAACCUUACGCCUUUGACCGUGUGUUCCAAUCGAGCGCAUCACAAGAACAAGUUUACAAUGCCUGUGCAAAAGCAAUUGUUAAAGAUGUACUUGAAGGAUACAAUGGUACAAUAUUUGCUUAUGGACAGACAUCCUCUGGAAAGACCCAUACUAUGGAGGGUAAAUUACAUGAUCCAGAUGGAAUGGGCAUUAUUCCCAGAAUAGUGCAAGAUAUAUUUAACUACAUUUACUCCAUGGAUGAGAAUCUGGAGUUUCAUAUAAAGGUGUCCUAUUUUGAAAUCUAUUUGGACAAGAUAAGGGAUCUUCUGGAUGUCUCUAAAAUAAACCUUUCUGUUCAUGAGGACAAAAACAGAGUACCAUAUGUAAAGGGUUGCACUGAACGUUUUGUAUGUAGUCCUGAAGAAGUAAUGGAUACUAUAGAUGAAGGAAAAUCUAACAGACACGUAGCUGUGACAAACAUGAAUGAACACAGCUCUAGAAGUCACAGCAUCUUUCUAAUCAAUGUCAAGCAAGAAAAUACUCAAACAGAGCAGAAGCUAAGUGGUAAACUAUACCUGGUUGACUUGGCAGGUAGUGAAAAGGUUAGCAAGACUGGAGCUGAAGGUGCAUUGCUGGAUGAAGCUAAAAACAUUAACAAGUCUUUGUCAUCUCUUGGCAAUGUCAUCUCUGCCCUGGCAGAAGCCAGUGUCUAUAUUCCAUAUCGUGAUAGUAAAAUGACAAGAAUCCUCCAAGACUCACUAGGAGGAAAUUGCAGAACCACUAUUGUUAUUUGCUGUUCACCAUCAUCUUAUAAUGAGGCUGAAACAAAGUCUACUCUUAUGUUUGGUCAAAGAGCGAAGACCAUUAAGAAUACAGUAUGUGUAAAUGUGGAGCUCACUGCUGAGCAGUGGAAGAAGAAAUAUGAGAAGGAAAAAGAGAAAACAAAGACUUUGCGGAGUACAGUGCAAUGGCUGGAAAAUGAGCUUGCUCGCUGGCGCAAAGGGGAGACUGUGCCCAUUGAGGAGCAGUUUGAUAAGGAAAAGGCCAACCUGGAUGCGUUUGUAGUUGAUAAUGUGGUCGCCAAUGACAAGCCAGCUGUCACACUUGCUGCUAACUUCACGGAUGCCGAGAGAAGGAAAUGUGAAGAUGAAGUUACUAAACUGUACAAACAACUGGAUGACAAGGAUGAAGAGAUCAAUCAACAGAGUCAGCUAGUAGAAAAAUUGAAGCAGCAAAUGUUGGAUCAAGAAGAGCUAUUGGCUUCCACAAGACGGGACCAAGAUAACAUGCAGGCAGAGUUAAACCGCCUGCAGGCUGAAAAUGACGCCUCUAAAGAGGAGGUGAAAGAAGUGCUGCAAGCUCUGGAGGAACUGGCUGUCAACUAUGAUCAGAAGUCACAGGAAGUGGAAGACAAAGCUAAAGAGUUUGAGCUUCUGAGUGAAGAGCUCAGCCAGAAAUCGGCCUAUUUAUCCAGCAUUGACUCUGAACUCCAGAAACUGAAAGAAAUGAACAACCACCAAAAGAAAAGAACCACAGAGAUGAUGACCUCAUUAUUGAAAGAUCUCACGGAGAUCGGGAUUGCAGUAGGAAAUAACGAUUCAAAGCAACCUGAAGUGAGUGGCAUGAUUGACGAGGAAUUUACAGUUGCCCGACUGUAUAUCAGUAAAAUGAAGUCUGAGGUGAAGUCCGUGGUGAAACGCUGCAAGCAGCUGGAGAGCACCCAGACCGAGAGUAAUAAGAAAAUGGAUGAGAACGAGAAGGAACUUGCUGCAUGCCAGCUACGUAUCUCUCAGUAUGAAGCAAAGAUCAAGUCACUGACAGAAUAUGUUCAGAAUUUGGAGCAUAAGAAGCGGCAGAUGGAGGAGUCUGCAGAUUCUCUGAAUGAAGAGCUUGUCAAGCUGCGAGCACAAGAAAAAGUACAUGAAAUGGAGAAGGAACAUUUAAAUAAAGUGCAAACUGCUAAUGAAGUUAAGCAUGCUGUUGAACAGCAGAUUCAGAGUCAUCGGGAGACCCACCAGAAGCAGCUGAGCAGUCUGCGGGAUGAGAUUGACGCUAAGGAGAAGCUGAUCACAGAGCUUCAAGACCAAAGUCAGAAGAUGAUGCUUGAGCAGGAGCGACUGAGAGUAGAGCAUGAAAAGUUAAAAUAUGCUGAUCAGGAAAAAAGCAGAAAACUGCAUGACCUCACGGUAAUGCAGGAUAGAAGAGAACAAGCACGGCAGGAUCUGAAGGGACUGGAAGAGACAGUGGCUAAGGAGCUCCAGACCUUGCACAAUCUCAGGAAGCUGUUUGUUCAAGAUUUGACUACUAGAGUUAAAAAGAGUGCAGAAAUGGACUCUGAUGACACUGGCGGCAGUGCGGCUCAGAAGCAGAAGAUAAACUUUCUAGAGAAUAACCUUGAGCAGCUCACAAAGGUCCAUAAGCAGUUGGUACGGGAUAAUGCAGAUCUGCGGUGCGAGCUUCCAAAGCUGGAAAAACGACUAAGAGCUACAGCUGAGCGAGUUAAAGCCUUAGAGUCUGCUCUAAAAGAAGCCAAAGAAAACGCAUCUCGUGAUAGGAAACGCUAUCAGCAGGAGGUUGAUCGCAUUAAAGAAGCUGUGAGAUCCAAGAACAUGGCUAGGAGAGGACAUUCUGCACAGAUUGCUAAACCUAUCCGUCCUGGUCAGCACCCAGCUGCCUCGCCGACACACCCAAAUGCAAUCCGUGGGGGGACUGUGUUCCCUCAGAAUAGUCAGCCAGUACCUAUUCGUGGUGGAAGUGGGAAACCAGACAAGAUCUGCUGAAGUAUCAUUGCAGUACCGCUCUGAAUGAGACAUGUCAAGUGGUGGUCAUUAUUGGGAUUCACUUAUCUUUCGGGGAUUGUAGGAUUGUUUUUCAAAUUGUAAUUUAUAUCUGGCCUGUACAGCUCCUCAUUAUGCCCUUGAAAUUUUUUUUUUUUUGGCAAUUUCUUAUUUGCAGCAAAACUAGAGUUCACUUUUGAUGUAUUUGCAAAUUAAAUGUAAUUUAAGAUCUAGCUCCAUCUAUUGCACAGUUUGUUAUCCAUGUCUUCAAUUUAGUCUGCUCUGUGCCAAGUUGAAUGUACGUUACUGGUCAAGUAGAACCUAGUUACAUUUAUGUAAAUCUUUGUCUUGGGGACAUGGAACAAACUUUAACAGUUUAAUACACUUCCAGGUUAAUCUUUUGAAAUACGAUAACCGACUACUGCUUCAUUAUACAAGGGCAGUACAUUGAUCUCUGAAGUGACUUCAUGUAACGUCAAUGCUAAGCUACAACACUGUAGUUUGUACAGUGUCUAGCUACUAAAAAGAGUGCAUUCUAAUACCUGCCACUAAUCGGAAGUCUUUCUUACCAAACGGAAGAUUUCAGUACGGAUGUCGGAGGCUACUCUAUUAUAUCUGCUACUGAGUGGCUGUCUGUUUAAAUAAUGUAUAGUACAAGAUACAGGAGCAAACCUUUAUGUAUGAUGGUAAUAAUGGGAUCUCUGUUAAGAAACAUGGAGACUGUCCUGUUCACAAGCACUAAUGUAUCACAACUCUACUGCUGUGAAAACAUUCUGCUUCAUUCUGUUAAUAAAUGUGUAUGGCAUCGUCAUUGCCUAUUUAAUCAUUUUACUGUAAAACAGAGCUUGCACUGGCUGUAGCAUAGUUUUUUUUUUUUCUUUUUGAUGUUUCAGUUGUCAUUAUACCACUUUUAAAUGUCCGUUUCAACUAAAGAUUAUACAUUCCUUGAAAAGAUGGUUUAAUGGAAUGAUAAUAUAUUUAUAUGCAGUGCGUGUUGAAAAUCAUACUGCCUUUUCCAUAAUUCACAAUUGAGACCUUAGAAUUAUUCAGCAAGUCAACGUAAACUGGCUUCCAUUAUCUAUUGAGGCACUUUGCCAGUAUACAUUGGGUUUGGAAAGGCUCAUUGGAAAGUAUGAGCUAAGCCUUGAAAAGAUUCAUAUUUUUGCUGUUUAAAAUGUCAUUAGUCUGACACUCUACCUCCUAAAUGAUUAGGCAUUCUACUUUUGAUUGUGAUGGGUUUUCUAUUCAUGUACAUUUUUUUUUUUUUCCCAGAACGCAAAAACUAGAGCUUGGAGAACUGAAACGUACUUGUAACCACUCGCCCAUCACUUACAUGUUGUGGGCUGAAGCCAUAUUCAUGAGCAUGUACCUCAAUGGUGUGACUAGUUCCCAGUGAAUUGAUAGACUGCAGUCUCUUGAAUAUUAGCUCAACCCACAAUAUGGCCGCCUCCGCUGAGAGAUGGCAAUGGGUUCACUUUAAAGGGGGCUUAUAAGGAUUGCUAUAAUGACCUCAAUUUAUGGUGCACACAACUCAUAAAAGACAGUAGGAGCCAGUCUCCUACGUGUAAUGUAAGCCUUAGAUGGUCACUUUAUUUAAGUAAUUGCAUGAACUAGUCUCUAUUGCAGUAAAUGAAUCUAAAUAAGGCGUAAUAGCCUGCAUCUGCUUUUACUGCGCUUCUAAGUGUUAGAAUGUCUCUGUCAUAUGUCUGUGCGUUCCACCAGUGUUGCAGUUAUCUGCUGAUUUAUAAUAGGAUGCCUCUCAUUCACAUGAUACACUCCAUAGCUGCGUUUUACUAUGUAACUAGCUUGACAGUCACAAGGGAUGACAAGUUAAACACUUUAGUGGUCAUUAUGACCCGCUGUAAGACACACUUAACACUAAUUCCCUCCCUGGUUUUGUUUUUUAUAUAUGUCCAGCUGCUUGUCUCGGACAGAGAGCGAAAUGACGAGAUAGCUAUAAUAGACCUACAGGAGCAAGCGUUUUGUGGACUAGAACCAAUGUAUAGAAAAUGAGCAUCUGUCAAUGUAAUAGGAGCAAGUGCCUCAGUGGUGGUUUCCUGUGUUCUGAGUGCAUUGAUGCGCUAUAUUCUUACUGUGUGUACGCGACAGGUGCACUCUAAUACAGGGACCUUCCAGUGCACAUCACACUAGCAGGAAGCAGAAUAUUUUCCUUUGUGCCUCUGUUGCUGUCUUCUAUAUUUGUAUGUUCAAUAUUUAAACAAAACUUCAUGAUACCAGGAUUUAUUUUUUUGCUCUGUCAUGAAUCUGAAUGGUUGAAAUAAACAUCCUUAAGCCUACACUAUGGAAUAGCAUAAUUUGUUUUUAUUUUCCCCUGCAACAAGCAGAAUUGGAAACUGCUUUUAGUCUGUUAGAAUAUCAUUUUGUUUGGGAAACUUUUUCUACAUGACAACCUCCUUUUUAGUUUGUCUUUCAUUUCCAUGUAUUUUCCUGGCACAUUUUGUAUGGGAAAUGGUAAAACAGUACAUCCGAUAUAUGUGUUAAAAAUCUAUUUAUUCAUGGUGAUCAACUAAAUUAUUUGCAUUAUUUAAAAACUAUUGACUAUUACUGCACAUCGUCUGUCAUUAAUACGGUGUACCAGUAAGAAGUUUCAGCGGAUGAAUUCCAAUACAUUUAUACACCUUAACAUUGGGACGGUUAAAAUGCCAUUGAAGUCAAACUUUCUGCAUGCUGUAAAUGUAUUUGUGUUUAAAAUAAAACAACAAAAACUUCAAAUCAA